AUGGCAACCGCAAGGCCCGUCGUGUCCAUCUACAAUUUUGAGAACCCCUCGGAGAAGACCGGCACGAUGCCCAUGCCAGUGGUGCUGCAGUCGCCUUUGCGUCCUGACCUGGUGCGCGAGGUGCACCGAGACAUGGCCAAGAACAAGAGGCAGGCCUAUGCCGUGAAGCCCAAGGCCGGCUACGACACCGCCGCAGCGUCCUGGUGCACCGGCCGCGCCGUGGCACGUAUUCCCCGCGCGCCGGGCGGCGGCACUCACCGCGCAGGGCAGGCAGCCUUCGGCAACCAGGCGCGCGGCGGAGGCAUGUUCAAUCCCACCACCGUCUGGCGCCGCUGGCACCGCCGAGUGAACGUCACCAAAAAGCGUCACGCCGUGGCCUGCGCCUUGGCCGCCAGCGCCCUGCCGCCUCUGGUGAUGGCCCGAGGCCACAAGAUCAACCAGGUGGCUGAGCUUCCUCUCGUGGUGAGCGAUGGCAUCCAGUCCUUGACCAAGACCAAGCAGGCCAAGGAGACCUUGAAGAAGCUGGGCUGCGGUGAGGAGCUGCAGAAGGUCAUUGACUCCAAGAGCAUCCGCGCCGGACAGGGCAAGGCACGCAACCGCCGCUACGUGAAGCGCUUGGGCCCAUUGGUGAUCUACAACGAGGACAACGGCAUCACCCGCGCCAUGCGCAACAUCCCCGGCGUGGAGUGUGCCCAUGUGGACCGCCUGAACCUCCUGCGCUUGGCACCGGGAGGCAGCUUUGGGCGCUUCGUGAUCUUCACUGAGGGCGCGUUCAAGAAGCUGUCGGACAUCUAUGGAACCCUCAAGAGCGGCGCCCCCAAGAAGAAGGGCUACACCUUGCCCCGGGCCGCCAUGGUCAACGCAGACCUCUCGCGAAUCAUCAACAGCACUGAGGUGCAGUCGGUGCUGCGCCCGAAGAUGGAGCGCUACACUCACGGCAUCAAGCGCAACGCGCUGAAGAGCAAGGAGCUCAUGGAGGAGCUGAACCCGGGCUCCACGGAGCGCAAGGCCGUGCAGCAGAAGGCCUCGCAGAAGGGCACUCCGGAAGAGUUCGAUGCGGUGCAGAAGAAGAAGAAGGCCCGCAUCGAAGAGUCCAAGAAGUACAACAAGGAGACACCGACCCAACACAUGACUGAGUACAGUCUUUGCGGACUGAGAGCUGGAAUUUUGCCUAGGAGAGAGGAGCAUAAGAAGGGCGAUGAGACGUUCUACAAGACCUUGAUGAAGGCUUUCGAGGCGAAGGCUGCCGCUGAUGCGGCCAAGAAGGCUGCCGAGAAGGCUGACGACGAGGAGGAUGAGACAUGGCCUGAGCUUGGCACUUUCAGUGUUCGCCGUCGUUGUUGUCAUGGCUGGGUCACAGAACAUAUGAUGGACAAUUCAUGA